AUGCUGAAACCACCCACAGCUAGGGGUGCCCCCAAGUGGCACCCCCUCUGGCUCCCUACCCCUGCUGGCAUUUUUUGCCUUUGCUUCACACUGCUGGUGGCCCAGGUGGGUUGGCUGCGGGGCCACCCCCAGUGUCUGGAUUACGGGCCCCCGUUCCGGCCACCGCAGCACCUGGAGUUCUGCUCUGACUACCAGUCCUUUGGCUGCUGUGACCAGCGGCAAGAUCAGCGUCUGGCUGCCCGUUUCAGGACCGUCAUGGACUACUUGGAUCCAGGAGACCACCAGCUGUGUGGCGGCUACAUUAAAGACAUCCUUUGCCAGGAGUGCUCGCCCUUCGCCGCGCACCUCUACGACGCCGAGGACCCCCAGACGCCCCUCCGGAGCCUGCCGGGUCUCUGCCGCCCCUACUGCUCAGCCUUCCACGCCCGCUGCGGCGCGGCCGUCCCCCUGCUGACGAGCGACCCGCGCCUGCAGCAGGCCGCGGCCACAGAUGGGGCCCUCUUCUGCCGCCUCCUGGACCUCCCCGACCAGGACUACUGCUUCCCCAACGUCCGGCGGCGCGGCCACCUCUCCCGCGGGCUGGGGGCGGUGGCCCAGGGCCCUCGGGGCUGCCUGCAGCUCUGCGCGGCCGAGGCGGCCAACGGGCUGCGCAAUCCCGUGAGCAUGGUCCACGCGGGCGACGGCAGCCACCGCCUCUUCGUGGCCGAGCAGCUGGGCGUGGUGUGGGUGCUCCUGCCCGGCCGCAGCCGCCUGCAGCAGCCCUUCCUGGACCUCAGGAGCGCCGUGCUGGCCACGCCCUGGCUCGGGGACGAGAGGGGCUUCCUGGGGCUGGCCUUUCACCCGCAGUUCCGCCACAACGGCAAGUUCUACGUCUAUUACUCCUGCCGCGGAAAGGGGAAGGUGGAAAAGAUCCGCAUCAGCGAGAUGAAGGUCUCCCGGGAGGAUCCCAACCAGGCAGACCUGGCCUCGGAGAGGGUCAUCUUGGAGAUAGAAGAACCAGCCUCAAACCAUAAUGGCGGACAACUUCUUUUUGGCCUGGAUGGCUACAUGUACAUAUUCACUGGGGACGGAGGACAGGCGGGGGAUCCCUUUGGCGAAUUUGGAAAUGCUCAGAACAAAAGCUCCCUACUGGGAAAAGUGCUGCGGAUUGACGUGAAUGGGGUCUCAGAUGGCCAGCGGUACCGGAUUCCCCCGGACAACCCAUUCAUUUCUGAGCCAGGAGCACACCCCGCUAUCUAUGCCUACGGGGUCAGAAACAUGUGGCGCUGUGCUGUGGACCGAGGGGACCCUGCCACACACCAAGGCCGGGGACGGAUCUUCUGUGGGGAUGUGGGACAAAACAGGUUUGAAGAGGUGGACAUCAUCCUGAAAGGAGGCAACUAUGGAUGGAGGGCAAAGGAAGGGUUUAGAUGCUACGACAAAAACCUCUGUCACAACUCCUCCUUAGAUGACAUCCUGCCAAUCUAUGCUUAUGACCACACAGUGGGGAAGUCAGUCACUGGAGGCUAUGUGUACCGUGGGUGCGAAUCCCCAAAUCUCAAAGGCCUCUACAUCUUUGGAGACUUCAUGAGUGGUCGACUUAUGGCUUUGCAGGAAGACAAAAAAAAGAAGAAAUGGAAGAAGCAGGACAUUUGCCUGGGCAACCUGGAGUCCUGUGCUUUCCCAGGGCUGAUCAGCACCUCCAGCAAGUACAUCAUCUCCUUCGCUGAGGAUGAAGCAGGGGAGCUCUACUUCCUGGCCACCGCCUACCCCAGUGCUUUCGCACCCCGCGGAUCCAUUUACAAACUUGUUGACCCAUCAAGGCGAGCACCCCCAGGGAAAUGCAAGUAUAAGCCAGUGCGGGUGAAAACCAAGAGCAAGAGGCUCCCCUUCAAGCCACUCGAAAAGACAGUCCUGACCUUGCUCCGGGAGCAGUGGGAGAAGGCUGCUCAGAGAUCAGCCAACGCCACUCUGGCUUCAGCUGAGAAGGGCCGUGCCAGGAAGCCCGCUGCUCCCAGCAGGAGCUGGAAGACAUCCCAGGGGCUGGGGACCCAUGAGAAAGGCAGAGCCUGGUCCCCUGGCCCCCAGGGCCAGAGAAAGAAGAGUCAGCACACCCGCCUCGGAGAGUGAA